GUCACCCUCCUCUCUAAUCCACAGGACUGGGUUUUCCUCACAAGGUUUUGCUUCCUGACUGAUUUCGGCCGAUUGAACUUCAAGUUCCGAUACCCCAAGUCCCGAUGCUGUCAGAACAUAUUGCUCUACUUUGAUGAAAGCUCUCAGUGGCCAGCUGUGUACAAACGGCCGGACAAGGAUUGCUACCAGAAAGAGUCAGUAUUGAGGCCUGAAAAUAAUCAGGUCAUCAACCUGACAACCCACUACACCUGGUCUGGAUGUAUGGUGGAAAGCGAAGGUAAUGAAGAGAUGCUGAAUUGUGUAGGAGGUCGAAGUUUUCGUUCUGUCAGAGAGAGAUGGUGGUACAUUGCGCUCAGCAAGUGUGGGGGAGAUGGGCUGCAGCUGGAAUAUGAAAUGACAUUAACCAAUGGACAGUCCUUCUGGACACAGCAUUUCUCUGCAGAUGAGUUUGGCAUCCUGGAGACAGACGUCACAUUUCUGGUUAUUUUCGCCACUGUGUUUACACUCUCUUGUUAUUUUGCUUAUAAUUUAAAGGGAAGACAGCUACUCCAUACAACCUAUAAGAUGUUUAUGACUGCGGCUGGAGUGGAGGUCUUAAGCCUGCUUUUCUUUUGCAUUUACUGGGGCCUUUAUGCCAGAGAUGGAGUUGGGAAUGGCAGCCUCAAGAUAUUAGGGAAAUUACUCUUUUCUGUGAGCUUCCUGAUUUUCUUGCUCAUGCUGAUUCUCCUGGGGAAGGGGUUCACUGUGACCAGGGCAAGAAUAAGUCACAGUGGCUCUGUGAAACUAUCGAUUUAUAUGACAAUAUACACCAUCACCUACAUCAUCCUCUUCAUAUAUGAAGCAGAAUUCUUUGAUCCAGGCGAGGUGCUGUAUGCUUAUGACAGCCCUGCAGGGUAUGGGCUAAUGGGUUUGCAGCUGCUUGCCUACGUAUGGUUCUGCUACGCUGUGCUGGUGUCCCUCAAACACUACCCUGAAAAACAACCUUUCUACAUCCCCUUCUUCACUGCGUACACUCUAUGGUUUUUUGCUGUGCCAGUCAUGGCUCUGAUUGCCAACUUUGGCAUUUCUCGCUGGGCCAGGGAAAAGAUUGUGAACGGCAUCCAACUCGGCAUCCAUCUCUAUGCCCAUGUCGUCUUUCUGGCCAUCACGCGUCCAUCAGCUGCCAAUAAGAACUUUCCCUACCACGUGCGGACGUCACAGAUCGGAAUCCUUCUCUCCAGUCCUAAAGGCAUGGGGGCAGAAAGCUUCCCUCAUCAUGCUUAUGGGAAUAGCUCCUUCCUAGGAGACUCUCAGCCAAACUUCACAGAGCUCUUCUCCAUCCACUCAGACCCUGUGAAGACAAUAGAUGAGACAGUGGCUCGGAAGGGACAGGAAGUGCCAAGGAACAGCGAGCACAAGAUCAUCACCACAACAGCGGACUUGUCGUCUACAUUCGCCCCUCUUCCUCCUCCAAUACCACCACGCAGCUCCGCACACUCUACCCCUCCUCCUAGAUUAACGUCCCACUUCACCGAGUAUUUUAGUAUGCAAAGGGCCACAGGAAUGGGUCCCAAUGCCUAGAGCAGGCCAUAGAGGAACUGGCCAUGCGGAAACUACCUUCAGACAUCUAUGAGGUGGAAAAGAGUUCAAUAUUUCAAUAGAUUAGGUUAAGGCAAGCGUGAAAAAGUAAAGCCAUUUUCAAACAAGUUACCAAACAUCUAUAUCUUUGAAUUUGUAAAGAGAAGAGAGACAUGGGCAUAACCUGGACACACAGCUCCUAAAAAAAAAAGAAGCAAUAAAUAAUUCGCGGAGAUGAGAGAGAUCAUAUUCAAUCAGUGCAAUGGUGACAGGAGACAAUGGUGAAUCUAUAGUAUAGCUAUUUCAAGCUUAAUGUGGCAGUAGGCUAGUAAUGUACAGUAACAGUACAGUGAGCUCUUGACACAUUUUUUAAUUGUUCAUUUAAGUGGUGCAGUUAAUAUUUGUAUUUCCAUGCCAUUUUAAUGCAACAGAACCAAGUAUCCAUCUCCUUCACUUCAUUUUUUUUAUGUUUUUUGAGAAUGUAUGUACACAUUUUGUCUGUAAAGAUAAUUUAGGGUUUAUAUAUUUUUAUUCACAUUGAAUACAGCUAGAGACUUUGCAAACUGAUAUGCAAAGGCAAGUUGAUUGUGGAACAACUAGUAUUUGUAAACCAUGCAUGUUUGUGCGUUGUCUACAUUCUGAUAUAUUCAAAGUCAUUUUGGGUGUGCCUAGUUUUCACAUCUAGUCUUAUUUUUGUAUGCAGUACACACUGUUUACAGUCUAAGUAUGUAGAGAAUAUUUAUGGCAAGCAGAUGAUGAAUGAUGACGUUCAUCUUCAUCCCAGUCUUUCUGUAUUGUCCAUUCCGUGCAGGGCUGCGUGGAGUUCAAAACUGAGUACAGAUUCAAUUUCUGCAAACUUUGUUACACAUUUGUAUAUUCAAUAAGUGGAUAUGGGGAUAAGUGGAUUUUCGUUCUGUCAGUGAGUAGAAAUAGAUUCAUUCAGUCUGCUGGGAUUAUCAUUAGGUUUGUUUACUUAAGUGUAUGAUGAAAAUAUAGCUCUACUACAGAAACACUUUGUAUUGACUGCAUGGAGCACUUUACUGUUUUAAACACUUAUUUCACUACCAUUAGAGAGACCCUUGAACAUGCAACCGUAAUGCAAUACAGUAAAAGACAGAUAUACAGAUAAAAUGCGAAGGUUUUAUCUGUACAAUAUUCAUUAUCAUUACUGUAUUUUUUUUGUGGGUCAUGUUUGUGUUAUAGAUCAACAUAUCCUAUAUAAUCUCCAUCUAAAAUUGGCCUGCUUUAAUUGUAAUCCUAUAACUCUACAUAUUAAUGACAUUUAUAUUCAAUUUUUUUUUAAAGACAAGAACUUUACUUGAAGAUUAAUUAAAUAUAGAGUCCUGUGGUUUGAUUUUUAAUGGAUGUACUUUGGGGCUUAAGCCAUUUCUUUAGUAAAUACUGAACUUGUUCUGUCUGGAGGGCACCGGAAAAAGUGAUCUUAUAAGGCUUUGCCAUGAUUUUUCCUUCUCCUAGGUGAGUGUGCACACCUAGAAGAGAAGAGAUAGCACACUUUUUGAAUAUAUGAUAGAUAUUAGCACAUCACAUUGGGGAGCACAGAAAGAUUGAGUUAAGCACAUUUCUGUUGCAGUGUUCAUACUGAAUGCAUUUUAAUAGUGUCAAAUGACUUGGCAGUGCAUAUCCUUUUUGCCAAAUUAAAAUGGUCUGUUUUACAACUCUGGCUUGUUUAUGCGUUUCAUUUUGAAGUUUGAUUAGUAAUAAAGGGAUGUACAGUAACAGUAAUCCUACUACUCUGAAGUACAAUCAACUGCUGAACAAAUCAUUGUCAUUGGUAUAAAAAAACAUUUAAAAAUGAAUUCCUUCUUUCAUAAAACUAAGUCCUAGGUUUUUCAAUAUUUCUAAUCAACUUUAGACUCAUUUUUAUAUCUGACCAUGCUGAAAAUUAAAGCAAGUGGGUUUUUACAGGACAUCUUAUUCAUUUAUCAUACAAAUUCAUAUAGAAAGUCAUAGACAAUCUGAAUAUAAUAUAUUGAUUUAAAAAGUAAUGGACAUGCUG